CUGCAGCCCAGGCGAUAUGCCGACCCGGAGACGAUGCGGCCGCCGCUGCGCCGGCACCGCUGAGCAGUACUGCACAGAUGCGUUUGGUGCAGCAUACUUACCCCGCCCUUGCCCCAUGGCAUCGAUGCUCCCCUCGACCUUCGCCCUCGACCAGCUCUCAAUGUCCUGGGCGGAUACGCCUCCAAGGUCAAAAGCUCAAUCGAAACAAGCAUAGAGUCAAAUCUGCCGGCGGUCAAGGCCUCGCUGAGCUCGGUAUCGGAAACCAUCCAGACCAAUCUGCCGGCGGUCAAGGCCUCCCUGGGCUCCGUCUCCGACUCCAUCCAAACCAAGCUCCCAGUCGUCACUGCAACCAUCGCCAACGCCACUUCGUCCAUCAUCCAGACGGUCUCGCAAGCCACGGCCAACAUCGAUGACAGGAUGAAAGACGUCCCGCAGGGCUUUAGCGAGCGGGAAACGCAGGCCGCCGCACUCCCAUGGAUGGGCUGCCCCAACGAGGAAGAGCUGCGAAAGCAGAUUCUGGCCCUGUCGAGCGACAAGAGGGUUUUCCUUGCUCCGCCUCCGCCAGACACAUCGUUCACAUUCGACUACCAAGUACAGUUCCCGGACUGCAUCGCCAUCUUGAAGGUCGACCCACAGUUACAGCGAAUGCGCUUCAAUCUGGUUCCGGAGCGUAUCAAAGAAGAACCCUUCUGGCGAAACUACUUUUACCGCGUCGGGCUCAUCAAGCAGUCCAAGCUUCUCGGUCUGCAGGGCCUGGGUGCAGCCGACAACCCACCUGACGACAUUACUCCUCCUCUCGCUCUGGCUCUGGAGAACGAUGCCAGCCGCGCCCCAGCCGUGCCGGCCCAGACGCAGGCAAGCAGCCACGAGGACAAGCUCGCUGCAACCCCGAUCGCGGGCGAUGCAAGCAAAACGGUCGUGCCUGGGGCCAUCGCGCAUACGCAAGAGGUAGCCGAGCCUGCCACGACGUCGCCAGAUCUGCCAGAUCCCCUCGAGUUCGAUUUCCAGAUGGCCGACGCCGAGGUCGACGACGAUGUCAACUGGGAGGAGGAGCUCCAGAAGCAGCUCGACAAGGCCUGAUGCCUGUGCCCAGCUCUGCAUGCCAUGGCCCAUCUGGCAGAUUGGCCCGAGCAAUGCCACGUCGGCGACAAUAGAGUUUUUCCCAGAGUAUCGCCGCAGGUCCACCCAACAACCAGCCCGGGCUUGGUGGGCCAGGGCGAUGACAAAUCCAGAUCCGCGCAUAUAAAGCCGCAAUUGUUCCCA